UACGACACACCACUUCAGGUUGGCGAUAUAAUUAAUCUGAUCCCCUGUUCUAUCGGAAACAAACCAACCACCACAUCCUCAUUUUCAACAUGGAGCCUCUCCGACGACCCACUACCGUCUGAUGUCACUAUUCCUCCCCUCCUCGUCCUUCAUCCCGAGGUGCUUAUAUCGGGUACCACAGUGGCUGCUGCGGCCAGGGGAUGCGUCCGACGCGCAGUAUUGCAACACUUCUGGGACAAAGAUAGGGCCAGUUCGACCGUGAUGGAACCUAACUCUGAUUCUGCCACCUCAAAGUCAUUAACUGAAGGUGGUGUAAUGCUUUUGGGCAGCUUGGUGCACAAAGUCUUUCAGCAAGUAAUUCCCAUGAUUGAGUUCCAGUAA